AACCACAGAAGAAGAAAAGGUAGCCGUCCUGUCCUCGAUUCGAAUGAAGAAGGCGAUUGUUUUGGUGGAGUUCGGGCACUAAGAAGCCCGUUUUCUUGGCUCAACAGCUCAGUAAAGUUCCACAUUGUGGUAUGAUUACACACUGAGGUGUAUUUAACGAUAAUUUAUGCGCAGUAACAGCCUGAAACAGGUAUUUAAAGAAGAAACGGCGAGAAAGUUGACUACGGUGGCCUUGCUAGCAUUAGCUAGGUAGCUCCGUGUUUUGUAUUAAUCAGCUCAUCUUUCCGCGUUUCUCUCCACUCGCAGUUAUUCUGAAUCUGUGGCUAUAGUGAGAAGAUAUCGUACCUUUAAUUAAAGUCGUAGGUCCAACUCAAGGAGAAGUAAGUGGCCAUCCAUGUCCGCCAGUUUCAGGAGUCUAAUCCUGAAUACCAGCAGACAUGUCCUUGGUUGCCUAUGGCAGCAGUGAGGAGAGUGACUCAGACUCGGAAACCUCGACCUCUGCCAAGAAUAAACCAAGCGGAGGACUCUUCGCAGCCCUUCCUGCUCCUAGAGCACCGGGAUCUUCUGAGAGGAAAGAAAGACCCGCAGCAGGGAGCGGCGGCAGGUCAGGUGAUGGUUCAGACUCCCAGCCUGUCACAGGAGGCUUCUUAUCCAGCCUGCCUAAACCCAAGAAACGAACCGAGCCUGUUAAGAUCACAGUGCCACAGGUCCAGAGACGGGAUUCAGACUCUGAUGAUGAUGAGCCAGCAUCGAAGAAACUACAACCUCAGGGUGCAGGUUCAGGCUUGUCCUCCAUCCUUCCUAAACCCAAAAACCUGACAGUGAAGGAGAAAGACAGGCCUUUGGUUCCUCACACUCUCACCAAACGACAAGAACUCAAAGGACCCAAAGCGCCAGGAGCUCCCGCUCUGGGUUUGAUUGCUUCCAGCGCGUCUCCUUCUGCUAUAAAAGCUGCAGCUAAGUCCGCUGCCCUGCAGGUGGCCAGACAAAUAGCAACAGACGAGCAAGAUCACGAGGACAUUACUCCUCAGAACUACUUUUCCCUCGAUGAAAGCUCCCGCCCUCUCUCCAGUGUUGUCCCAAGCAUUGAUCCUGAGCCAGUAGCCCCCGCUGAAACUCUUCCUUAUUCAGCCACCGAUGAAUUAGGACAGUCAGACGCCCCGCUUGACUUUGGGGAGGGCCAUGAGGGAGUGGGUGCAUGGGCAGGUCAAUAUGAUCAAUAUCAACAACCGAUGGCAGGCCCAGAGGCUUUUCCUCAGGGAUACUAUGAUGAGUCCUACUACCAAGAUCCUAACCCUGGAUCAGCAGAAGAGCCCGAGCAGUCUGCUAUGUUUGAUGAUGAAGGGUUCAUGCGACUGCAGGGGAAAAGAAACCGAGGCAAGGAGGAGGUGAGGUUUCUGGAGAUCAAAGGGGACGACCAGCUGAGUGGGAACCAGCAGUGGCUGACCAAGAGCAUUUCUGAGGAAAAGCAGAACCGACAGUCUUACGGCAAGAGAAGAGGAGGACAACCGACGGGGCAGCAGAGGCGUAAGCAUCAGAUAACCUAUCUCAUUCACCAGGCUAAGGAACGUGAGCUGGAGCUGAAGAACAGCUGGGCAGAAAACAGGCUAACCCGCCGACAGACCCAGGCCAAAUACGGCUUCUAACAACCGCUGUGGACUGUAAUGGUAUACAGAAAUACUGGAUUUAUUAAUGAAAUAGGAGCAAAGUAUACGUGGCCCAGAUUAUUUUCCAGCCUCUCCUCUCUAAUGUACAGUUUAAAUCUGUUGUUAAAAACCAUUUUUUUCCCAUGAUGUCGACCCAAACCCAUCUCUGCCACUCGUUUUAAAGGAAACAAAUCACCACACCUGAAUAAAAGCCUAGCUGUGGUCAGCCAGAGGGAGAAACAAAUACAAUUCUAAAUGUUUUCCUUUUCGGUUUCUCGUUUUCCUUCUUGUUUGUGUCAACAUGAGAAGUGUUUGGUUCUCUGGGAAUCGCAGAUUAAAGGUUUAUGAUCAUAAGGAGCUGGUGUUAGAAAGUGGUCACAUGUGUAUUCAUAAAAACCACAACUUUGUAUGAAUGAUGCUGAAAACUUGAUAUUUUAUUAUUUCUGUAACUGAAAACCAACCAGAGAACCAAACACGACUUUCUGGUGAUUAUGCAGCAUUAUAGCAAAUAAAUCAUACAGGUGAAAAAUUCUGUUUCAUUAGCUGAGUUGAGCCACGAGUGACCGAUUAGGCAGAGCUAAAUGCUAAUUUUAUUAGGAAUGCUAGUAUCUUAUAUUUCUACCUUUAUUAGCUUUCCCCCUCUAUCUUUGGUGUUUUAUUUAGGUGAAGCAGUUCAGAAUGUGCGCUCAUUUUGUCCAACUCCAGAUUCCCUGAAUGCAUGUUCUGAACCUCAUCCUGGAUUUUCACCUUCAUGUGUUCAGAUAUGAACUCUGUGAUUGUAAAGUUAUUUUUUACCAAAAGCAACAAGCAGAUGACCCUCCUGUGGCGUUCAGUCUGCUGUAGCAACACCGGUAGCAUUUUACAAACACCUCCAAACGUCAUAUUUACAUUUGGUGUAAGUAAGGAUACGUUUACACACUCGGUUGAACCUGAUCACAGCUUUGGGACGGAAAACAUGUAAAAACACAACAACUGCAGUUUUGUAUCAACAUUCCAAAUUCAUAAUCUGACGUAUUUAAGUGUUGCUCCAAACACCUCUUUUGUUUACCUUGUGCCUGUGUUGUGUGUGGUUUAACAAAAAAAAACAAUAAACAUUUUUAAUUUUC